CACCUUGACCAGUGUUACAUAUUUGUCAACAUGUCAAAAACGUGGUCAGAGGCACAGCAGGACUGUGUGGAUAAAAAUGGCCACCUUGUCACAGUGGGGUUUCAAGAUGAACAAGAUUUUCUGGAGAACUUCGUGUCACUCACUGUCUCUGGCAAGACCGACUCUAACGGUGCCGUCAUUAAUGCGGUCUUCAUUGGCGCCUCUGACGGUUGGAAGGAGGGAGACUUUCGAUGGGUGGAUACAGCCGAGUUGACUCCUACAGCCGGGGACUUUUGGUUACCAGGACAACCUGAUGACGUAGACCACACGCAGAACGGACUGUGUCUGGACACCUCUUCCGGCAGCGCGGGAAAAUGGAGGGAUUGUGAUAUCAAUAUGAGGAGACCUUAUAUCUGUGAAAUGCCAGCGACAGGCAGGUGCGACCAGCCUCCACUGAUAAUCCCACCCAACACCACCGACGUCUUGUGUAUAGACAUCAUCGACCCGUCUCGCACGGGGCGUGCACUGGGGGCGUCACAGUGUGGCUUGACGGUUGACAUGGCGUAUAGCAAUAACGUACGUGAUUUCAUCUGCCCCGGAACGUUUACAAUUGAGAGGAACUGGACUGUGACUGACAGCAAUGGCGAUAAAAGUGCAGCGGUUCAGAACAUCAAAGUCAACAAUAUAGCGCCAGAAAUUAUCGUCCCUGAUGACGUAACAGUUUCUUGCUAUGAAAUGGACAAACUAACGCCACAUCUGAUUGGCUGGGCGAAUGGCACGGCUGGGUGUCCAGGGAACGGCCUCAGUAUCGUUUAUAAAGACUAUAAGAAUCUCUCCUGUCCAAAUAGAGGCACAGUGGAGCGUCGCUGGACAGCCGUGGACGAGUGUGGAGAGGUGGCCGCCAGCUCCCAGGUCAUUGUGGUCUACUCGGAAACAGUUGUGGAGGUGAUGGAUAACGCCACCUAUGAGUGCGGUUACACGUGCGAAUUCCUGGGCCUGAAUACCCCAAAUAUUUCCACCUGCCCGGGAAAUGAGGUGGUAUUAAAAGAGACCACCCCUUACCAUGAUAUUUACCCAGAAAGGCGAUGUACAGGACAGACCUUCGUGCGCACGUGGCACGUGACGGAUGCGUGCGGGGAGGAAACAACCCUUGAGCAAAAGGUCACAGCAAGACCUAGAUGUGCCGUUCUAGAAGAUGUCGGUAAUGUUGGUCCUCAUCCCAACUCUAGCUGUAUGUACUGGGAAUGCGUGCGGAAAAUGCCCGCACCUAUACGCACGGGGAACACGAUCGAUAUGUACUCAAACGGCUGGCCAACGGCAUCAGGCUCGGGCAAUAACAGACAUCCUGACGCCAUGGGGUCAUUUUAUCACCAGGCAUCGCCCCGUCCGCGCAUGCGUGCCGCGUGUCCUGACUCCUACACGGCAGGAGAGGUGGAAUUUGUCCCCCGCCAUUGCCCCUACUUGAAAAAAUACAACCCUACAACAGGCAGAUGUGACGUGGAUGGAACGUGUCCCGGUGACACGUACCGAUAUGGUACUGUACCCGCAGACAGAGUACAUGCUGGGCAAGGCACGAAGCGUGGGACAGGAACACGUGGAUCUCAUCCCGGAACACCAGGUGACUCGAUUGGGCAGUGGAACGGAGACCAAACUGGUCAUGAUUACACCCCAGACCAGCCUGGUUCUAGUUGGCAGGGAGAUAGACCGAUGGCUGGAUCCUUUGGCUCUGGAGGGGAUAUGACUAUGGCGGAUGGCUCUAGGGGGAGGUCUAAUGCCGAUGCAUAUGUGAACAUGGGAUCGUCUUUUGGCACGGGGGAUAUGGGGGCUCCUUCAGUUACAUACUCUGGCAGGAUGUGGUGGAACAAUUUCGGUGGGCGUGGAAGACGGGGCGGGGAACCGGGCAUGGCAGGAUGGGAGGUACCUUUAAUGCCACGUGGAGAAGGGAGUAGCUCUGGACCCGUCGAAGUCUGGGUGCGAGAUCCCUGGGCGAGCGGCGGGUUUCAUCAGUGGAGAGGGGUGAGGAGAUACAGACGUGACGCUCCGAGUCCGCCGGAUAACAGUGCAGGUGGCAGCCAUAAUACGAAAUGGGGCAGGCAGAAACUGGGCGGUCGUACCGAAGAAAAGACGGUCCCAAUGGGGAGAGACAGGAAAUUGAAAGACCGAAGCCAAAACAGAGAGAGAAAUAAUACCUUGGAUGUUGCCACGAGAGCAAGUAAUCUCAAUGAUUUUCACCUACACGCCGUGGGAUUGCUACGUGGUCGCAUAUGA